GAGGGUGUGAAUGGCUGGGGCAGAGGCCAGCAGAAAAGUGGACAGAGUCCAGGGACAGCGAUGGACCAGGAAGAGAAGGCAGAGGAGGGGGGCUCAGCCUCCUCUGACAAGGCGGGCUCCCCAGACCAGGAGGGCUUCUUCAACCUGCUGAGCCACGUGCAGGGUGACCGGAUGGAGGGGCAGCGCUGCUCGCUGCAGGCCGGGCCAGGCCAGACCGCCGAGAUGCAGGGCAGCCCCGAACCUGAGAUGGACAGUCUCAUGGACAUGCUGGCCAGUACCCAGAGCCGCCGCAUGGAUGAUCAGCGUGCGACAAUCAGCACCCUGCCUGGCUUCCAGCCUGUGGGCGCCAAGGAUGGAGUGCAGAAACGAGCUGGGACCCUCAGCCCCCAACCCCUGCUCACCCCUCAGGACCCAGGCACUCUCAACUUCCGUCGGAACAGCAGCCCCCAGCCCCAGACACAAGCCCCCUGAGGGCCUAAGCCAUCCUGGGCCCCACUCGGCCCCUGAAAGCAGACAAUAAAACACUUCCACGAGCAACAAGGAA